CACUAUAUGUUGGCGGUGAAUCUCAGGCAGUCCCGGGUCCUUCACUCCAGAUUGAUCCACACCGCACGAUCAGGAUCUGCCCCAGAAUCGAACGGUGUGGAUUCAAUCGGGUGCUGAGGUCUCGAAACUUCCCGCAAAAGCACUCGAGAUACACCCAUCCUUCUCCUGCAACACACCAAAAACGCAGCACUGCAGAGAAUGAGAUGCUUCAAUGGUUUUCAUCAUCAUUAGCUUAAUCCGAAUGCGUUUCGAGAUUCCUGUUCGUUUGGAAUUUGUGGUUUUCACUUCCUCUUUAGCUCAAUAGCUUUUUUUCUCUUUUGGAGGCGACGAUAGGUCGAACAGAUUGAAAGCAUCUAUAUAUAUAUGUAUGUAUAUAUAAAUCUAGGGUUUUGGCUUUGGAGCAGACGUAUGAAUGGAUUUGGACGGGUUUCGUUCCUUUAUAUUGGAUUCAGGAAUUGAUGUCUGGACAUGGAUCGAUUUGGCAAUCUCCGUUGCCUCCGCCGAUCACGAGGCGGAGCUGAAGAACAGAAGGGAUGGAAUCGUCCAGAAGCUCUACGCAACCAAGUGUCGGAAUUGCGAUCAUGGUGUUCACCAGAAUCGAGAUUCGAGCAAUGAUCGCGAAAUCGAAGGACGUCAAUCGGGUGGAAAUGGAAUUGAAGAGGGAGAGGAAGAACAGAGAAAAAUUCUCGAAAUUAGGGUUCUUCUGGAUGAUGAAAAUCAGAGUGAGAGGUCGUUGAUUGAUCUGCUCCAGAUGCUACUGGACAUGAACAUUUCGUUUAAAGCUCUUCAGGAAACUGACAUUGGAAGACAUGUGACGAAGCUAAGGAAGCAUCCAUGUAAUGAAGUUCGAAGGCUGGUGAAAAUCCUGGUCAGAAAAUGGAAGGACACUGUGGAUGAAUGGGUGAGACUAAAUACACCACCAGAAGAGCCCACAGAAGCCAUUGAUGACGGAAAAUCACCAAAUCCUGCUGGUCACACAGCCCCAUCAAAGGGAAAGUUGGGAAGCGAAUCAAACAAACAGGGGGGUGGAAAGCAUUUUCAGGAUCAAACCCACCAAGAAUUCCAACAGGCCAAGAAACAGAGAAAUGGAGCAGUACAGAUUACAGACUUCCAUUCCAGCAAUGGAGGGAGUGUUCCCAUCAAGUACUGGUAAAUGAAUAGAAGAAUAAAUUAGUUCAAGAAUCUUAACAUGAUCAAUAGAUUGUGAACAGACAGUGAUGAAUUGAGGAAGAAGAAGAAGGGCCAUGUGAUGUUGUUAGGUCAAGAUGGAAACUUUUUACUUGGAAAUGUGACCAGAUGCAUUUGAUUUUUCGAUAAUCGACAAAAUAGCUGCUGCAGAACAGAAAUGUGCUUGUGUAUGCAACAAACACCAUAUGCUGUUACUUUAUAUAUAUAUAUAUAUAUAUAUAAGAUAUGUAACUGUAUUAUA